AUGGGACCAUCGCAGGUACCUUCUUCUCCCGCAUUCCCUUCCCUGGACCCGAUCAUUAUGGACGACGAAAUGGAGUCCACCUUCCGCAACGCCAACAUGGACUUCCUCGACCCAACAAAACUCGAAAUGUCGACCGAAAGUGCUGGCGGGGAUUUCGAUGAUUUGUUCGCCAGGGCGACGACUUCUCGUCAGAAUGGUAUCUCGCGGCCCUCGAAAUCUUAUCAAAACCAAAACCCCCUGAGGCAGGUGUCUGCAUUCGCCGCUGACUCGCCAGCCGAAUCGCCCGAUGACUCGAGUCGCAGCUCUUCGUCCGAAUCCCCGCGAAACCAUAUGCGACAAACCUCGAUUGCAUCCACAAAUUCCGCCGCUCACAGUGAGAAUCCCAUGGCUUCUGUGAACUACUCGGAAGACUGGAUGCGCCCGGAACUAUCAUCUGUCAAGGAGGAAUCACCGUUCAAUAUUGAGCCUUCCUUUCCCAUGGAUGGCGGGUUUUCAAUGGAUCCCGAUCUGGAGGUUAGCAAUAAGGCGAUGGAUGCGGCUUUUGAUUUUGAAAGUGCGGCCAGCAGCCCCAGUCCGUUGAAAUCCGAUCAUGCCUCUUUACCGAGACCGCAAAAGCGCCCCAAAUCACAGCUAUGGAGUCCUUCUAGUAACCACGCAGGGCUUUCAUCCGAUGCUGCACCUCCGGUUCAUGCGCCGGGAUCCCCGUUCUUCGCUUUUGGACUAAAUGGCCAGUCACCGUACUCAAACAACAUGCAUCAUGAUUUAGAAGGGUCGGUUCCGCAGUGGGGUGGACAGUCGCCCUCAUCAAUUCUAGAAGAGAGUUUUGGAGGCAUCAACAUGAACCGGCAAUCGUCUCUCAACCUCAACGCCUCCCUUUCGCCCAACAUGAACUUCGGCUCUCCCGCAGCGUACCCAUUCCCUGUCAACUUCGCUUCCUCCCCAGCGCAACCUCCGAUGAACUCAGCAACUCCGCUGCAGCCUGUUCUUACGGUGCAUCCCACUUCCCUCAAAUCCCGUGUCGAAACCCAAAUCCCCAUCCGAUUGACCCUCUCUCCUCUUCCCACCGCCGUCAAGAAACUCCGCCUUCCCUCGCACACCAUCUCAAAACUCAAAUUCCUCGCCCCUCCUGCCACCGAACCUCUCAAUGACACUCUCCAAUUGCACACAAGUCUUGUUUGCACAAGCGCCAUGCAAGACCGAGAGAAGAUGAAGCGGGCGUUUGCACGGACGAGGGGUGGUCAUUACCAACCAACCUCGGAUGACGAACGUCCGCUAGACGGAGGCGACGUUAAGAUCUGCAGCGGGUGUAUACAACGAGAGCGCAAACGUGCCUCCCGCAAGAAGCAACGAAAGCCCGAGGAGGACGAACUGUUCCAGAAGGAUGAGGAAAAGCGAGUCAUUGUCUUCAAUACCAGUGAAAUCAAGGAGUGGACAGAGCCACCGAAGAACACCAAUGGCAACUAUGGUGACAUGGGAUCAGCACCGCCAGGAUCUAUGCAAGUAGAAUUGCCUAUGCGAAUUGCUUGUUACUGUCGACACCAGAACGAGAAGCUUGGAUUCCAGGUCAUCUUUACCAUCAAAGAUCACACCGACAACGUGGUGGCCCAGGCCAUCACUAACUCGAUCAUGAUUACCGACGACCACAAGACGCAGGCUCCAUCCGCACCUGUGCUAAAUGGUCCUUCACCUUCGCUUGCUGAUGGGACACAGCUUCCAGGAGUAGGUGUGUUCCCCUCAGGGCAAACUCUUGAAAACGGGAAGAGUCCUUUCGCUGGGCCUCAAUCGCCGACGGACCUGCAAGGUCUCCAACAAAGAUUUAAUUCUCAAUAUCAACUCACACCUAGCUCAUUUGCGGCUCCUGGUUCAGCAAAUGGAGCUCCUGUGAACUCGCAAUCAUCUCGAAGCCUCUCUAGAGGAGCCUCCCCAUCGGAAUUCCAAGGACCACAGAGUAAACGACGCAAGCACAGCAGCUCCGGAAGGUUGCCAUCGGAGUUGACGAUGACACGUCUUGAGACCCCUCAAUCAUCCGCUUCAGCAAUGAACAAUGCCGCACAGCUCGCAGCCGCUCGUGGCUACGCUUCACCUACCGAACGCCCCUUCGUCACGCCCUCUUCAAUGAACGGCCAGUAUGGGAACGGACCCCCGACUCCCAACCAGAGCAAUGACAACAAUCCUUUCUUCAACCCCACUCCCGCCCAACGUCAGAGUUUGGAUAGCCUAGCUCAGGUCCCCAUGGGCUCUACACCUGGCUCAGCACAUCCUAGUCGUCCUGGGACCCCAGGUGGCUCGAAUCGCAAUGGGUUCCAGGAUCCUAACCUCGCUCUCGCACUUGGUACGAACUCAUCAAGUCAGGUCUGGCCUCCAUUAAACAAUGCCCCUAAUCGAUUGCCAUCGGUGAUUCAUAAGUUGGUACCUGCCGAGGGCUCAAUUACCGGAGGUACUGAAGUUACUUUGUUGGGUAGCGGAUUUUAUCCUGGUAUGGAGGUUGUUUUCGGGGACACUCUUGCAACAACAACCACCUUCUGGGGUGACAAGUGUCUCAACUGCCUGACUCCUCCUGCUCUCCAGCCAGGGUUGGUGUCUGUUGUCUUCAAGCAUGAGCACCCGACAUUUGGUCAAGUUCAGCAACCUCAACCACUCAUGCCGAAGCAGCAGCUAUUCUUCCGCUACGUGGAUGAUCGUGAACUUCAAAUGUACCGCUUAGCCUUGAACAUCCUUGGUCAGAAGCUUGGAAGCCAGGCGGACGCAUUCCAAACGGCUCAGCAGAUCAUGGGAAGCGAUCCGAACGCCUUCUUCAACAUGCAGGGUGACAUGCAAGGCAACUCUUCUGGUGGUCAGCAACGUCAAGUCCCGGGUCUUGAUAACCAGGGCAAGCUCAGUGAUCUUGAUUCCAAGAUGUUGACUUAUUUGGAAUUCAUUGACUUGGACGAUAGCCCACGUCCGCCGCGGUACAACGCUCGCAGUGCCACAGGCCAGAGUCUUCUUCACUUUGCUGCUUCUCUCGGGCUUACUAGGUUUGUUGCUGGGCUUUUGGCACGGGGUGCCAACCCCGAUGUCCAGGACAACACCGGAAACGCGCCUAUGCAUCUGGCUGCCCUUAAUGGUCAUGCUCAUAUCGUCAACCGCCUACGUCUGACCGGUGCCAAUGCCAAUGCCCGCAGCGUCCGUGGCUUCACUGCCGCCGAUCUGGCGACAACCCUUGCUGCACAUCAAGCUGCCCUUCUUCCCUCCCGUCACCACCGGUCUCGCAGUGUUGGGUCGCUUACAUCUCGCCGCCGGCAGAGUAGCUCGGCUUCGCUCAGCUCUAUGUGGGAGGUAUCAUCGGCUUCUGGCUCUCUUGGUCAUGCUGUUGAUGAUUCGUCGGAUCUUGAAGACGAGGAUGAUUUCAGUGAUGACUCCGACUCUAAUUCUCUUCACUUCACUUCCUCUCGUCGUUCGAGUAUGCACCAAGACUUAAAUCCUCCUAUCGUGGAUAACAGUGAACAAAACCCUGCACCUGGCCAUGAGCGAGCCUUUGCCCCACCAGCUCCUCUUGUAGCCUGGCGUGAUCAACUGGCUAUUCAAAUCAACCAGUUCCAACACAGCGUGGCGAAUGCCUGGCCCACUAUUCCGGCUCUGCCCCAGAUGCCUGCAAUGCCCGCGAUCCCCGCAAUCCCUGCCCUUCCGGAUUACCAAGGUCAAGGAAUGAUGCGUCGCAUCACCAAUCUUGUUCCCCAUCGGCCUGCUGCUGGCGAUGGUUGGUGGGAUUACCUCAAGGGUAACUCAGCACCAAGCCCAACUCAACCACCGUCAUACGAUGAGCUAUAUCCGCACCCAGAGACCAGUGCCGAUGACGAUAUGAAGAAGACAUCCCUCCUUCGCGCCGCGACUGAGGCAGCUCUGGAUCAACACUUUGAGGCUCAAAUCGAGGCUCAAAGCAGUGCUACUCCCGUGGCAUCAUCAUCGCAGGCUGCCUCCGUGUCCGCCCUGGCCCAGGCCGACAAAGAGGAGCUCAAGGAGGUCACGAUUGGCCGCAAGGUCAUCUCGCAUGAGCAACAAAAGCAUCUUCGAGAACAACAGGCCCGACGAAUGAAGGGUCUAGGCAGCGACCGCAACCUCUAUUUCAUUUGGAUUCCCCUUCUUCUUUUGGUUAUCUGCGCAUGGGUACGCAAUUUCGUACCCGGAAUCUGGCAAGGCGUCACGGACAGCUUUGAAUUUGUGAAGGCUCGCUCUACACAGCGGGCUGUGGAAAUGGGCAUUUAA